AUGCAAUUUUCCAGCAUCUUUUCCGCUGCUCUCGCAGCCAGUGUUGUCUCCGCAGAGUCUAUGCCACACCACUCCUCAAAAAUGACGUCCGCGUCUGAGCCCGCAAAAACUUACUCGGCCUCUUCAGUCUCGAUGACGAUGUCCUCAGUAGCAAGUCCCACCGACUACCCGACUACAUUCGACGACGACCCAUACACAUAUACAGCCUCCCCCAAAGCCACACCAACGUACAUGCCGAACGGCACGAACACCACUACCGGCAGUCCCGUCGUGGUAAGCGGCAACAGUGCCCCGUCGCUGCUUUCUCAGAAUGGGGUGUGGAUUACGGUAGCUGGCCUUGGGGCUGUAUUUGCUGUGUUCAUGUAA